AGAGCAAAAUGCAUAGAGAGAGAUGGACAUGGCAGUGGGAAAAAAGAGGAAAACAACGAGGGAACUAGUUGAUUUCUCGGAGCUGCCGGAAGGCUGCAUAUCCGACUUCAUCGCCCUCACUGGUCCUCGGGACGCCUGCCAGCUCAGUGUGGUCUGCACGGCGUUCAAGUCAGCCGCCGACUCGGACUCCGUCUGGGCGCGGCUGCUGCAGGCGGACGUACACUCCAUGUUUCCUCGAGCCUCCGGUGCUCCACUGCAGUUCUCUUCCCUGAAGCAGCUCUACUUCAGCCUCUGUCACCGCCCGAUCCUCAUCGAUGGCGGGAAACUGAGCUUUUCGUUGAACAGGAGCAGUGGGAAGAAAUGCUACAUGCUCUCCGCGAGGGCGCUCUCGAUCACAUGGGGCGACACUCCGAUGUACUGGACAUGGAAGUCUCUGCCUGAUUCGAGGUUCCUCGAGGUAGCCCAGCUCCUCGAUGUCUGCUGGCUUGAAAUACGGGCCAGGAUUGAUGUUCGCAUGCUGUCCCCGUCGACGCUAUACGCAGCGAACAUGGUGUUCAAGUUCAACCCAGAUUCGUAUGGAUUCAAGAACCUGCCUAUUGAGGUCAGAGUUCGGCCUGUUGAUGGUGAGGCCAUAUUGGAGCGAACUGUUUAUCUGAAUCAACAGAACGGCGGCAGACGCCACCGGAUCCUCGGGAUGCAGAUGCCUCUUGGGUUGCGCGGCCACGACCACAACCUGGAGUUGCAAGAAGAUGUGCCUCGAGAAGGCAGCCAAAAGGAGAGGGAAGACGGUUGGUUGGAGAUCGAAUUGGGCGAGUUGUGCAAUGAUGGCCGUGAUGGAGAAAUGGAGUUGAGUGCCAUGCAGGUGAAACAUCCUCACUGGAAAAGCGGUUUAAUCAUAGAGGGGAUCGACAUUCGCCCUAAAGAGAGUGAUUAAAAGAGGACGGCGUCGGCAAUACUUGUAGUAUUACAGCUCGGCAGUGCCUUUUCGAAGAGUUUCACCAUGCAUAUGCACAAGAUUGUGGAAAGCUAGCUUCCCUUCUGUUUGAACCUUUUUCCAGAUCAUAAAUAAAAAAGAAAGACACGAAAAAGUCGAUUUCGAUGCCAGUCUCAUUUCCUGAUUGUAUCCACUCGGGUUUUCAUUAGAUUGUGCUUUCUGAGCAUUGCCGAGUUACAGUGAGGAGCUCGGAUGUAUUAAAUUAAGCAACUGAAUCUGUAUUUGCCGUUGUUGAUCAAAUUUUCGCAGGAACAACUGACACCGUGCUACCUCAGGGUAAGGCAGGUAAA